AUGUCUAUUUAUUGCGUGGCCGUGUUUCUCUGUCUUCUCUCCUCGACCUGGGGAUUCGCCACCCAUCACGAGCACCGGCACAGCGGCCAAAAGGAGAGGGACUCUGAUGGAGCCUACAGUCCUCGAGAUCACCUCCAUUACGAUGAGCACGGCGAACACCGUGCAGAUUUUGAUCACGAGGCCAUACUGGGCAGCGUGAAGGAAGCUGAGGCUUUCCAUCAGCUGCCUCUCGAGGAGGCGAAGAAGCGGCUGCGAGACCUGGCAGAGAAAAUGGACAAAAACCACGACGGCUACGUCGACAAGACGGAAAUGAAACAGUGGAUCCUACGAUCCUUCAAGUUGUUGUCGCAGGAGGAAUCCGAAGACCGAUUCCUAGAGAUGGACAUUGACCGAGACGGCCGCGUAUCGUGGAAGGAGGCCCUGGCCGACAUCCAGCAGGACGCUCGAGGUGGGGAAAUGCCGGACGAUUUCGAUUCAGAUGACGAGGAGUGGGUGAGAGAAGACCGGCUCAUCUUCGAGGCAGCCGACGAGAACCGGGACGGCUACUUAACCCGAGACGAGUUUCUAGGCUUCUCCCACCCGGAGGAGGUGGCGAAGAUGGAGAGCGUGCUCGUUCGACACAGCCUAGACGAGAAGGACUCGAACGCAGACGGGAAGAUCAACUUCCAGGAGUUCGUGGGCCCGGAUGCAAGGGACCAGAGCCAGGAAUGGCUCAUCACGGAGAAGGAUCGCUUUGACAAAGACUACGACCGCAACGGGGACGGUUUCCUAGACGAGAAGGAAAUUGCGGGCUGGCUCAUCCCCGAUAACAACGAGAUGGCCGACGAUGAAGUCGUGCAUUUGUUUUCUCAUGCCGACGACGAUCAGGACGAUCUUCUCUCGUACGACGAGAUCCUGGAGCAUCACGACGUCUUCGUUGGUAGCGAAGCCACCGAUUUCGGCGAUCAUCUCACCAGACUCGAUAAAUUCUCAGACGAGUUGUGA